UCAUUUAUUAUGCAGAUCGUCUGAAACCGGAAGAUGUCGGCCUAUCCCCAAAGCUUCCAUUUUUUAAGAACAUUGAUGCCAGGAGGCCUUCUCCCAUAACAUACCUCCAUGUUUAUACCUGUGAUGAAUUCUCGAUUGGCAUCUUCUGCUUGCCUCCAAAUGCUGUCAUACCUUUACAUAAUCACCCGGGAAUGACAGUCUUCAGUAAAAUUUUGUUUGGCUCCAUGCACAUUAAAUCCUUUGACUGGGUUGCGGUUUCCCAAGAUUCCAUUGAACCUUGUCGUGUAGUUUUGCCAUCAGGUGAAAGAUUGGCAAAAGUGAAGACUGAUGCAGUAUUUACUGCUCCAUGUGAGACCUCCAUACUAUACCCAUCUUCUGGAGGAAACAUGCAUUGCUUUACUGCCAAGACUGCGUGUGCGUUCCUUGAUGUUCUUGGUCCUCCAUACUCUAGCCCUGAACGGAACUGCACAUAUUACUUUGAUCAUGCUUAUGCAAAAUAUGCAGGUAUUUCCUUUAAUGUUUUUUACAGCUAA